AGUACCGUCGCUAGACGUGGUCGUACCCCGUGCUCGUACCGAACACAUGUUCGUUAUCGGUAUAAACAAUUCGUUUUGGUUGUUAUUUAAUUAAACCCGAGACUAUUUUAUUUAUUUAUUCAUAAGUGGAGUGAGUGGUCGAAUCAGCGUAUAACUUUAAUGUAAUUGUUCAGAUGAUGUAGUGAUAUUUCGAACAAUGUUUUAGUACGAAAUUUGCGGUGGAGACAAGAAUAUUGAUACUUUUUUUUGUGGAAUAAGUGGAAAAUUUAAAUAAAACAGGAAUAUUAACUAAUGUGAAUUUAUGCUUUGUCAUUAAGAGACUGACGGGUCCCAAACGAACCUCACAUCGUCCCCUUUGGCAGGCAGUGGCCCAGGGGGGCACAAACCUUCUUUCAAAGGGACAAAACUAGCACGAAGAGCACGGUCAUUUAAGGACGAUUUUUUAGGUAAAAUAUCACAAAUGAGGAGUCCGGGAUCAUCAGGCACACUGGCCUCGAGGGCUCACAGCCCUAAAGGGGGCUUCAAAGGUUCUCCGGUUAUUAUGGACAGCAGGCAACAGGAAGUUAAAGGACCGGCACAAGAGUUGGAAGAUUAUUGGAAACAAACGCAGAUUGCACUGACUCACUUAAGGGAUGUGGUGUCAAAAGAUAAGCUAGAAAUGUUACCAGGGAAUGGAACGAUCGUUUUAGACACGAUAUGGUCCAUAAACUUGUCAAUAAAAUCUUCAGUUAAUAAUGACCACAGUAGUAGCGUCGUUUCUGCAAUGCACAGAGUUUACCAAACAGUUGCCAGGUUAAUAAAGCUUUGCGAUGAUGCCCUGGUUGAUGCUCAAAGUUCCGAAUUGAAACUUGAAAAUGUAAACGAAAUAGUAGCUCAAGUGGAAGAUGCAGUGAGGACCCUAAUUCAGUUGGCACAAGAGAAAAUAUCGCAACAACAACAAUUAACAUCUUAUAAAACCACUCCCCGUACAUCCUUUAGUAAUUGUAGCUUAGAAGUUCAGUCACAACGAAAUUCAUUACCAGAUAUACCGUUAACGCCAAGGGAAAGGGAAAUUUUGGAACAGACGUCGUGUAAUUUGCCGAUACGGAGCAGCCACAGCACAGAAAGUAUUUUAAUGGAUCCAAAUCCACCUCCUAAACCACCGUUACCUGAUAGUUUAAGAACAGGCACCUAUAGUGUUACACCCCCACCCAUUCCUCCUAAGAAAAAGAACCAAAGAUUACAUCAUGUAGUUGAUGAUGGUCACAGCACUGAUAGUUCCCCUAUAGGGAGUAGUUUAGAAAGAGUAUUUAUGGUAUCAAAGUCUCCAGAAGAUUCAGUAUCGUUAUUUUCGGAAGGCAGCAUAGACUCUAUGUUAAACCAAUCUUCUAAAGAAGAAGACGAAAUUAAGGCUCUUAUGGAGUGUGACCAAGACAUGUUAUUGGAAAACCACACUUCUGACAUAUUUGGUAUAGGUUCAAAUUCUUGGGAGGAAUCGUCACUCAGUUCAGGGAUAUCCAAUCACAAUCUAGAUCUUCAAACUACAGUGAACGAUUAUCACCGACUGUCGAAUACGGACUCUGGUAUAGUGUCGACAAGAUCAUCCAGCUAUUCUAAAAGAAGUUCCCAACAAAGUUCUGUAAGUACACAAUUCUGUCUGACAUCUCGCCAAUCGAAUGACCAUUUUCUGGAUAGCCCGUCGGUGGCUGUCAAAAGUUUCGCACAGAAAAGUUCCAGUAGUUCGAGUUCGACGAUGGUGAUAUCUAAUAGUUCGCAUUCGGUCGUAUCCAAACUGGGCUUGGACGGUGACGAAAUUCCCCCAGCUAUUCCCCAAAAGACUAAGAAGAAGACUGAACCAAGACAGCCUAGUCCCUAUGAUAACGUUUCUCAGUUGGACAAUUUUAUAGAUGACCUGAGCCAGGCUGAAGUAUUAGUGAGUUGUCAGAAGCACCAAAUGCACCAACACAGUCAAUUUAGCAGUAUGGUAUCAAACAACACAAGUACAAAUGUCGAUUUAAGCGAUGAAGUGGAUGGAAAGCCACCGCCUCUACCUCCAAAGAAAAAACACAUUAUGGCAUAUAUGGAAAUGUUUGGAAAUUGUUCCCACAGUAACGACCAGGAAUACAUGAGACAGUCUAUGCAUUUGGCGCAGUCUCAUUGGUCGGGUUCUUCGGGAUUAUCCAGUACUCAAUCGUGUUCGUUUAGCCAUUCGUCGACUCACAGUUCCAGUCGAAGUUCACAGUCUCAAACACUGUGUUUACCACCACAUUCCGCCACUGAAAGAGGUCCGUCUCCUUUACAUUCCCCUAACCCGACAAUUUCUUCAUCGUCUAGUAACAGUUCAGUGGUUCCUCCUCUACCACCGAAGCAAAAAACGCGGAAAUCUUCCUCCAAGUCACCUCCGCCUACUCCCACGUCGUUAACGCAUCUACAGGAACCUAAAAGUGCAAGUCUAACACCUUCGCCCAAUCAAAUUAAAAGUUUACCCGACCUAUUGGAACAUACGGCCAGUAUAGGAAAUGACGAAAAAUCGGAAGUUCCAGAGGUGAGUUUAGUUGAUGUUGACUUAAUGGAAGAACUGAAUGUGGAUAAGUAUCUCAUUAAGAAAAAAUCUGAAGAGGAUGGUCCAGAAAUAAGAGGUGGAAGCAUAGACGCUUUGAUUAUACAAGCCACUAAAGCCACUAAGAAUGGAGUAUUUGCAUAUCAAGAGGCUUUCUUAACAACUUAUCGGACAUUCAUAAGCCCCUUUGAGUUAAUAAAAAAGCUGAUCAGAAGAUACAACCAUUUCUACUAUCAGCAGGAUAAGAAACCAAGAUCGAGGGAGGCGUUUGCCCUUAUAGUUCGGGUUGUGAGCGAUUUAACAAAUUUGGACUUGGAUGAGCAUUUAAUUCAUAAACUAACAAGUUUUGUUCAGCAUUUAAUUUCUUGUGGAGAAUUAAUACUAGCCAAAGCCUUAAGGGUGAAAUUUUUGGAAAGACAUGCUACUAAGCAAGUAACAGUCGGGUACCCAAAUAUUAUCAGUAGUCUUUCAUUAAGUGCCAGAACUUCAACUUUGUUAGAUUUUAAAUCUGAACAUAUAGCAGAACAAAUGACACUGUUGGAUUCUAAAUUAUUUAUGAAAAUAGAAAUACCGGAAGUGCUAAUAUGGGCACAAGAACAAAACGAAGAGAGAAGUCCGAACUUGACUAGGUUUACUGAACAUUUCAACAAAAUGUCGUAUUGGGCAAGGACAAGAAUUCUUACAGCAGAAACCAAAGAGAUUCGAGAGAAGUAUUUCAUGAAGUUUAUCAAGAUCAUGAAACACCUGAGGAAAAUGAACAAUUUCAAUUCGUAUUUGGCUCUCUUAAGUGCAUUAGAUUCGGCUCCGGUGCGACGGCUGGAGUGGCAGAAACACAUCCAAGAGGGACUGAAAGAGUACUGCGCUUUGAUAGAUAGCAGUUCCAGUUUUAGGGCAUAUAGAAGUGCUUUGGCCGAAACACAGCCUCCAUGUAUCCCGUAUAUUGGAUUGGUGUUACAAGAUUUGACUUUUGUACAUAUAGGAAAUACAAACUUGUUACCUGAUGGUUCCAUAAAUUUUUCAAAAAGAUGGCAGCAGUUUAAUAUUGUCGAAAAUAUGAAGAAAUUUAAGAAAGAAACAUACACCUUCAAAAAGAACGAAAAAAUAAUUCAAUUUUUCGAAAACUUCAACGACUUUAUCGUGGAAGACGCCAUGUGGAAACUGUCCGAAAAGAUUAAACCCAGAGGCGGCAAAAAGACAUUUUAAGGGACCGUAAUUUUUAAGGAGACUAUUUUUUCUGUUGUAUGCCGCAACGAAAUUACGAUAAAACACGUUUUGUUUCAUUUCGCAAACUUAGACCGUUAAGCUUGCGGAUAAAACAUUUUUUGGCCCAUGGUUUAAAGGUAGAAAAAUCAGCUCCUAUAGCAAUACUGUAAUCGAUUUUGUGCAAUUACUAUUUUAAUUAGGAAGUAAGGUUACAAACACAUCCAUCACAUACUUAUACACAUGUCUUUGUGAUGAUGAAGAAUGAGAUAUACAGGGUGGUCCGAACUGUAUCCCGGAAACUUGGGCAGAAUAUUCUGAGAUAAAAAUAAGUAAAAAAGGUUGUAUAAACUUAUGUCCUAAAAUGCUUAGUGCCGAAUAUACAGGGUGAAGAAGUUUCUUUU